AUGCGUAACAAACGGAAGAAUAUUUCGAAUUUAUGCAUUGAGAACGGACGUGAGCAGAAGAAUGCGAAUGCAACAAGCAAAUAUGAACGAAUGAUGUUGAUUCAGGCAGUGUUUGUUUGUGGUGCAAUGGAAAUUCAAAUUUUCUGUUUCAACUUUCUGUCGAAGCUUGCCAUCAAACUGGUAGGCAAAGAAGUUGAAAUUUCCGUCAAUAUUCUGAUCAACUGUUUUGUAAUUUUCAAUGCUGCUGUAUUGCCUACAGCUAAUUUAAUUUUCGUCAAACGAUUUCGUGAGAGAGUGAAAAAGACAUUUAUAGAAUUACUAUUCAAAAUUAAGGCAGCGCAAAGCAGGUCCACUGUUGUGCCAAUUACUUCAAUAACAGUUAAGAAAACUCAUCGAAUUUUUUAG